UUUUAUUAGUAAAAUUGCAAUUCAAUUAAUUUGAAGGCAGGGAGUAUAUAUCUCACUUUACUGUUUUCUCUACCAUUUGUGGGCAGCGUAAAUGCCCAUGAAAUGCUAAUCACGUUAGUUAGCCAUAACUGUACAGGAGCUAAAUAAAUGGUUAACGAAGAAAAGAAGAACAUGGCGAAACAAAAAAGAAAAGAGCUUGGAGUCUCUUGCAUGCUAAACACAGAAGUUGGAGCGGUUCUCGCCGUGAUCCGCCGCUCCCCAGAGACAAACUCACAUUUCUUCUCGCCGGAGGAACGUUAUGACACCCAUAUCUCCCAGUCCCUCAAAUCUCUCCGCGCCCUCAUCUUCAAUCCCCAACAAGAAUGGUGCAACCUGGAUCCCUCCUUGUACCUAUUGCCGUUUCUCGACGUCAUCCAAAGCGGCGACGUCCCCGCCACUGCCACCGGGGUAGCGCUCUCCUCUGUCUUCAAGAUUCUCAAACUUGAAAUCUUUGACCAUAGAACCCCUGGCGCUAGAGAAGCUAUAAAUUCAGCUGUCGCUGCCGUCACGAGCUGCCGGCUGGAGAAGACCGAUCCAGCUUCAGUAGAUGCAAUCAUGAUGAAGAUAUUGCAGGUGCUAGGAGCAAUAAUGGCUCACCCAGCAUCCAUAUGGCUAACGGAUCAAGCGGUAUGCACUGUUGUGAACUCGUGCUUUCAGGUGGUGCAACAAUCGGCAGGUCGAGGCGGGGAUUUGCUCCAACGCAGCGCCAGAUUCACAAUGCACGAGCUCAUCUACACAGUCUACUCCCGUCUCCCGGAAGUGGAGCCCUCGGAGUGGGAAAACUCUGAGUCCGACUCGGAGGACACUGUCAUGGAUGACUCGGGUGGGUACGGGAUCAGAGCGGCUGUCGACAUCUUCCAUUUCCUCUGCUCCCUACUGAAUGUGAUGGAAG